AUGGAGUGGUUUGAGUAUUUGUUUGAUGCAAAGAUUUUGAUUGGCUUUGGAGUAGGUCUAUUAACAGCCUCUCUUAGUCUAUUCCCGACCCUGAGAGAACACAAUCAAGAAAAUGCGCAAUCGAAGAUGAAAUUAUCAAAUAAAUCUAUUCCCUCAACUUAGGAUUUAAAACAAGUAUAUAUCAAAAACGAUCCCUAGUCAAAAGACAAGAAAAAAAGUAAUCAGAACACUAAUCUGACGGAAACAAAUAAAUAAGAUUUAUAUUUCAACUUGGAUGAUGGUGUUAGAAAAAAAAUAAAAGUCCAAAAGACGGAUGAAGAGUAAUCUUCUUAGGAUCAUUAGUCAUCCUUGAGUAUAAAAUAGGAUGAAGAGUCUUAAAGCUCCCUUCCAUUAAAUAACAUAAAUAAUCAAAAUGAAAGUAACUAAGGUUUGAAAGAAAAAUCAGAAGUCCCUUAACCUCCAGGCUAACAAGGAGGUCAUUAAACUAAAAAAAUUGCAUCCGAGCCAUCAGACAAAGAGAAACAAGAUUCAGGCAUUCAAGUUGAACAAGGUAGAGAAUAGGAAAAAGAAGACAAUUGAUUAUAAUUCAAUAAUGCUAUUUUUCAAUUCCAAUAUUA